GACAGAACUCAGAACAAUCUCUCUGUGUGUGUGCGUUUAAUGGCAGAAUUUCUAGACCUGGAAGCCCAAGACGGCGUUCGGAUGCCAUGGAACGUCUUCCCAGGAACGAAACAAGAAUCCACACAGUGCGUCGUCCCAGUCUCUGCGAUCUAUACACCCUUAAAGCUCUUCCCCAACAUGCCUAUCUUACCUUAUUCUCCCCUUCGUUGCCGCACUUGCAGAUCGAUUCUCAACCCUUUCUGCAUCGUCGAUUACGUCGCGAAGAUCUGGAUAUGCCCUUUCUGCUUCCAACGCAACCAUUUCCCUCCUCACUACGCUUCGAUCACCGAAGACAAUCUUCCAGCGGAGCUCUUCGCUCAGUACACCACGAUUGAGUAUGAAACACCGACUGAAAAAGCCGCUUUUCCUCCUGUUUUCCUCUUCGUCAUCGACACUUGCAUUAUCGAAGAAGAGUUGGUGUACUUAAAGAAUGCUCUAUCUCAGGCCAUUGAUCUCCUACCGGAUAAUUCGCUUGUUGGGUUCGUUACGUUUGGGACUUAUGUUCAUGUUCAUGAACUUGGUUUCGGAUCGAUUCCUAAGACUUAUGUUUUUAAGGGGUCAAAGGAGAUAUCGAAGGAUCAGAUUCUUGAGCAUAUGAAUUUCUUUGCAAAGAGGCCAGGCGUGAUCGCGGGUGUCAGGGAUGGGCUUUCUGCAGAAAGUAUUGGUCGCUUUCUGGUGCCUGCUUCGGAGUGUGAAUUUGCCUUGAAUUCGGUCCUGGAGGAGCUUCAGAAAGAUCCUUGGCCGGUGCCAGCUGAUCAGAGGGCGACCAGGUCCACUAGCACGGCAUUAAGUGUGGCUGCGAGUUUGUUAGGUGCUUGUGUUCCUGGUUCUGGAGCUAGAAUUAUAGCAUUAAUUGGUGGACCAUCGACGGAAGGUCCGGGUGCUAUUGUAUCCAAGAAUUUAUCUGAACCAAUUCGUUCUCACAAGGAUCUUGAUAAAGAUUCUGCUCCUUACUAUACCAAAGCUGUUAAGUUCUAUGAGGGGCUCUCAAAGCAACUUGUAAAUCAAGGCCAUGUACUUGAUCUGUUUGCAUGUGCUCUUGACCAGGUGGGGGUGGCUGAACUUAAAAUUGCAGUUGAAAGAACUGGGGGCCUGGUUGUGCUCGCAGAAAGUUUUGGGCAUUCUGUUUUCAAGGAUUCUCUGAAGCGUGUCUUCCAAUCGAGUGGCUAUGAGCUCGAUUUUUCAUUCAAUGGUAUAUUUGAAGUAAGCUGCUCCAUGGAUAUCAAAGUUCAGGGCAUUCUAGGUCCUUGUUCAUCUCUUGAGAAGAAAGGUCCUUUAUGCUCUGAAACAGUUGUUGGGCAGGGAAGCACCAACACUUGGAAGAUGUGUGGCCUUGACAAAGCUACAUCUUUGUGCUUGGUAUUUGAGAUUGUCAGAAAGGAAAGUCCAGAAUCAAUUGGUCCAUCCACAAAUGAUCAGUUUUACCUUCAAUUAUUAACUUAUUAUCAGAACAAUAAUGGUCAAAUGAGACUUCGUUCUACUACACUUGCCAGAAGAUGGGUUGCUGGACCUGGCAGCAUACAGGAAUUAAUUUCUGGAUUUGACCAAGAGGCAGCUGCAGCAGUCAUGGCACGCGUAGUUUCUUUCAAAAUGGAAUCUGAGGCUGAGUUUGAUCCUAUCAGAUGGCUGGAUAGAUCAUUGAUACGUCUGUGUUCUAGAUUUGGUGAUUACCAGAAAGAUAGUCCAUCUUCUUUCAGCUUAUCACCCCGGUUUUCAAUAUUUCCACAAUUUAUGUUUCAUUUGCGGCGUUCUCAGUUUGUUCAGGUCUUUAAUAAUAGCCCGGAUGAAACUGCUUAUUUCAGAAUGAUCCUAAACAGGGAAAAUGUGGCGAAUUCGGUUGUUAUGAUUCAGCCAUCAUUAUUGUCCUACUCCUUCCAUUCAGGUCCAGAACCAGUGCUCCUUGAUGUGGCUGCAGUUGCCGCUGACAGGAUCCUACUUUUGGAUGCUUAUUUUACUGUUGUUGUAUUUCAUGGGAUGACUAUUGCUCAAUGGCGAAAUGCUGGAUACCAUACUCAGAAAGAACAUGAGGCAUUUUCCCAGUUGCUGCGAGCUCCACGUGAUGAUGCAGAAGCAAUACUCAAGGAACGUUUCCCAGUGCCUCGGUUGGUAAUUUGUGAUCAACAUGGUUCUCAGGCCCGCUUUCUGUUGGCAAAAUUAAAUCCCUCAGCCACGUACAACUCUAGUUCUGCUCCACCGGGAGGGGAUAUCAUCUUCACGGAUGAUGUCAACUUUGAGGUCUUCUUGGAUCAUCUCCAAAGGCUGGCAGUUCAACAAUAAUUUUGUUUACAACAGGAAGGCCUUCAGUUUUGUAAAAUAUCAUCUUAAAUUUUUGUGCAGUAAGUUGGAGAAUUAUUCUUAUUGAUUUGCUUGCACUGUGUAAUCUUCAAAACUCCACUUCUAGUUUAGUUUCUGGGCUUCAUUGUUUGUACAAAUACUUGUUUAUGUUGGACUCUUACUUCCUCCAUUCUCAAUAUUUUUUUUUAUUAUUAUUAUUUCAUUGUUCAUAA